CAAAGGUCUUAUUCAAAUUGUUGUGUGACGCAGCUCUACUAUAAUGUCCCAGUGGAAACAAAUGAACAAAGAUGAGCUGGAGAGGCAGUAUUCACCCAGCCACUGGUCCCACAGGAUGGCCGCCGAUGACGUGAUUAAAGCCCAUGUGGCUGCUUUAAAAUCAGGUACAGAAAAGGCUCGGGCUGUCGCACUGACACUUCUUGAUGUCCCAUAUGGAGAGAGUGAGGAGGAAAAACUAGAUGUUUAUCUGCCUGACAUCUCCUCCCCAGAUGUGCCUCUGGUUAUCUAUUUCCAUGGUGGUUACUGGCAGUUCCUGAGCAAGGAGGAGUCAGGUUUCAUGGCUGUCCCGUUAGUCCAGAAAGGGGUUGUGGUGGUCGCCGUCGAUUACAGCAUCGCACCCAAAGGUAACAUGGACCUGAUGGUAUCGCAGGUACGCAGAAGUGUGGUGGCUGUUAUUCAGCAGUAUUCACAUAUCAGUGGGCUGUACCUGUGUGGCCAUUCUGCAGGUGCACACCUGGCUGCCAUGGUUCUCUCUACUGAUUGGUCAGAAUACGGCAUAAUACCUCAAAUUAAAGGAGCAUUCCUGGUUAGCGGCAUUUAUGACCUUCUGCCCAUUCUGUCCACCUAUGUGAACGAUCCACUGAAGAUGACAGAGGAGGUGGCAAUAAGGAACAGCCCCAGUAAGUUAGUGUACCAGCUAAAGGACUCUUCAUCAGCCUGUGACAUCGUUGUGGCAGUGGCACAGAACGAUUCUCCCGAAUUCAGAAAGCAAUCAGAAGAAUAUUUCAAAUCUUUGGAAGCUGCUGGAUUGAAAGUUACAUAUGAAGACGUCCCCAAAACAGAUCAUUUUAACAUCAUAGAGCAGCUUGUUGAUGAAAACUACCACCUUACACAGCUCCUGCUAAAGAUGAUGGGUAAAAGCUGAGAGGAGUAACAGAUCAUCUAAGGAUUUGCAGUUCUGCUUUCUCACAGCUGGUCUCACACCACAAAAUCAAUUGUUUGUUUUUAACCUUCUUGACAAAUCAAUGAUCAAUGACAAAUUGUUAACCUACCAAAGGAAUUAUUUUGGUACAAACACAUUAGUAUUAGUAUUUACACAUCAGUGUUAAAUCUGUUACACGGUCACGCCAAGGAACAAUGAUUACAUGAGUUUGAGUGUUGUGUAAAAUCUUCAGUUUGAUACAGCUUUAAUUAAUAUCACUGAAUUAACGCCAAUUAACAAUUUUAAUUGUUGCACUAGUUUUAUUUUGGUUAUUUGCACUGAGUGGGUUCUUGCACUUCACAUUUUAUUUAUUUCCACUGAUGUGCUUCUUCGGACUCUGCACAACUGCAUAAUAUAAUGUUAACACUUUCUGCAGAUAAUUUUAAAUUGCAACGUCUUACUUAAAUAUAAUUUAGAUCACAUAAAUAGGUGGAUAAAUCCUCACUAGAGCUUUUACUGAUUAGAGUUUAUUAUUCCCACCUAUUGAGAUUUGCACAAGCCUAAUCUCACUAAUACUUCUAAGAAAAGAUUUUCAUACAGGCUUAUCUGCCCAGUGUUGUCUUAACACUAGAAGUAGUUGAUCAGGCAAGAUACAUCCGGUUUUGGCUGUUUGCUUUUUUACUUUUACACUGAAGCUGGAUCAGGUUCAUAAAGCUUACAAGUAAAAAGAAGUUUAUAGCUACCAGGAUAUGGCUUACUGACGUUUAUUAGUAAUAGAAAAACAGAUUUUUUCUUCAUAUGUGAAUGUGCAAUCUAUAUGUCUUGUGUUUAAAAACUACCAAACAGUCUGAUUCCUGAUUCCUUUCCUAUUUUACAGCAAACCACAGCACUGAACUACCAUAUCGUUCCUCAUGUGUUGCCCAUCAAUGGACACAUUAUGUACCAAAACAAGGGUCCCUGUAUCCCUGCCCUUAUAUGUGAUACAGACGUCAGCCGUCAAAUGUAAACUAAUAAAUAGUUGUGUGGUGUUCAGCACAGAUCAAAAUGUUUUUGUUUUUAAGCUUUUCCUCAUAAUGACAUUUUGUAACAAAUUUUGCUAACCUAAUCAUAGCAUAAGCAUGUUGUAAUAUACAGAAUGUCCUGGAUUAGACACAUUUAUUUAACAAUGUUUAAGGUUGUUUCCGUUGCUUUACUUAAAGCUCCCAUGCUUCAUCACUGUAACUACAAUAACUGUAACUCUGAAUUACACAAUAAAUGUGGUAGCUUUCACUGUUAA